CUGACUUUCUUCUGCAGAACACAAAAGAAGAUAUUUUGAAAUAUCACUUCUUGUGUAGAGCUGAAAUGUGUACAUCACAAUGAUGAAAUCAGCUUUGUGAUUAUAAUAUUUAUGAUUCUUAAUGAGCUGACUGGGAAUAAGGUCCACCCUAUAAAAACACAGCAAAAACAGCUGAGAGCUUGGAGGUUUUGUGCACAUCACAUCUUCCCAGUCGACAACAUCGUUCAUGGCCUAAUUGAACCAUCAUGCCGAACUUAACAGAAAACAAUUUUAGCAACGCUGUGGUGUAUAAUGUCAAACUAUUGAUUGUGCAGGUUCUGGUUGGAAUACUUCUGUAUGUAAAUGGACUGAUGAUCUUCACCUUCCUGAAGAAAGAAGUCUUCUGGGUUGAGACGCGGUACAUUCUGUUUGCUCAGACACUUUUCGUUGACUCUACUAAUAUGCUGUUAACUGAUUUAGCCAUGGUGGGGAGUUUUAAUCAAUAUCCUGUACACAUAAUUCCUUGUUGUAUCUUCUGUACACUUAUGUCUUUACUCAGUAUUUGUACUCCUGUGACUCUUGCAGCGAUGUGUUUGGAGCGUUAUGUGGCUAUUUGUAUGCCUCUAAGACACUCCAGCAUUUCUACACCCAAGAACACAUUUAUUGGCCUUCUUGUCUUAUGGACUAUCAGUUUUGUAAUACCGCUGUUUGUUCUAACUGUGUUUCUUGUUUAUACCUACCCUAUUGGUCUGGGCUCAUAUGUUGUGUGCAGUCUGGAGGUGAUGUUACGAGUAAAAUGGCUGGCAGACACGAGGGCCGCGAGUCUACAGAUAUUAUUUAUCAUUUUAUUUUGUCUUGUUGUUUCCACAUACAUUAAAAUUGUGCUUGCAGCUCGAUCGGCCUCCUCCGAUAAAAAGCAGUCAACUAAUAAGAGUCUCAAAACCGUUAUUCUCCACGGCAUUCAGCUUUUUCUGUGUAUGCUGCAGCUUUUAAUGCCUUAUAUAGAAAUGCCUUUAUGGAAAGUAGAUGUUGUGCUGUUUCUGAAUGUAAAAUACUCAAAUUUCGUUCUGUUUAUGAUCUCACCUCGAUGUCUGAGUCCAUUAAUUUAUGGAUUAAGAGACAAAAAGUUCCGUCAGGCUAUGAAACAUUAUGCAUUUUGUGGAGUUUCUUUGGAUGAUAAAAAGUAUAAAAUCAGACAUGUAAAGACAAUCCCUCUAGAGGUGUAGAUUUCUGCAAAGAAAGAAAGAGUUGACAUAUUGUUACUGUAAUACAACAUAUUAAUGUUUAACACACCAUGUCAUAUUAUAAACAUUUGUUGUACUUCAUUGCAAAACAAUACAUUUUGUACAUUUACAGUAUA